AUGUAACAACGAUUACAAACACACAUCCUCACUGAUGAAGGCCGAAAGUCUAGUUUAGAUAUUAUUAGUCCCUUAAGAGAGAUGUAUUAACUUAGAAGAAAUGUUAUGAAACUUGAAAAAUAACGUACUGAUGAAAGUUGUCAUCGUAAAUCAGAAGAAUUUAUUAAAAAUAUUAGUCAAUCUCACAGAGAUGUUAUUAUACCUCAACAUCUUAAAUUUGAAGAUAAUCUUGAUGGUAGUAGAGCUACCAUCCAUUCCAUUAAUUCUGUUGCAUAAAAUUAUGAAAUCAUCAAACCUAAUAUUCAUUACAUUGAUUGGAAUAAGGAGAAUUAAUAGAAUCAGAGCAAUAAGUAUAAACACCAUUAAAAAAGUCAAUCCAAUAAAAAUUAAACUAAAUUUCUCCAAUUAGAUAAUUAACGUCAAUAAAUUAAUAAAACAAUUCAAUAAGUACUGCCUUCAUGAUUAAUCGAAUAGAUGUCCAAGUGUAAUAGACAAUUAGCUAAUGUGUUGAAAACCUAAGUUGACAAACUAUUCGAUACUAUCAAAACUGAAUAUACAUAUGCUUGA